AGGUGACGUGCGCGCCCCCGCGUCUCGGGGAUUGUGGAGCCGGAAGUCGGGACGUGGCCGGCGCUGUGUGCGGGGGGAGAUGGCCGUGGUGAGCAGCGCAGAGCGCCUGGAAGUCUCCAUAGACGGCCUGACACUGACCCCGGACCCAGAGGAGCCCUCCGCCGGGGAGAGGAGGCCUGAGGCGGCAGAAGAGAGCCGGGAACCGCCGCCAGAGGAUGACAUGGAGGCCCAGAGCCUGGAGCAGCGCUGGGGCUUCAGCUUGGAGGAGCUCUACGGUCUGGCCCUCAAGUUCUUCAAAGAGAAGGACGGGAAGGCUUUCCACCCCACCUACGAGGAGAAGCUUAAGCUGGUGGCUCUACACAAACAAGUCCUCCUGGGGCCCUACAACCCUGACACCUGCCCUGAAGUCGGCUUCUUCGAUGUCCUGGGCAACGAUAGGAGGAGAGAAUGGUCCGCCCUAGGCAACAUGAGCAAGCAAGACGCCAUGACGGAGUUCGUCACCCUGCUGAACAGAUGCUGCCACCUGUUCUCUACGUACGUCACCUCCCACAAGAUAGAGAAAGAAGAGCAAGAGAGAAAGAGGAGAGAAGAGGAAGAACGGAAAAGGAAGGAAGAAGAGGAGCGGCAGCGCCAGCUACGGGAGGAGGAGAAGCGGAGGAGAGAAGAGGAGGAGAGGCUGAGGAGGGAGGAGGAGGAGAGGAUGCGGGCCGAGGACGAGAGGUUCCGAAUGGAGCAGCAGAAGCAGCAGAUAAUGGCCGCCCUGAAUUCGCAGACCGCGGUGCAGUUUCAGCAGUACGCAGCACAACAAUACCCGGGCAACUUCGAGCAGCAGCAGAUCCUGAUCCGGCAGCUGCAGGAGCAGCACUACCAGCAGUACAUGCAGCAGCUCUACCAGGUGCAGCUCGCUCAGCAGCAGGCCGCCCUGCAGAAACAACAGGAGGCGCUGUCAGCAGGUACAAGCUCCCCUGUAAAUUCUCCAGCCAAGAUGAACAUGGGAAGCAUCCAGAGCUCCGGAGAGACCCCAUCAGUCAAUGGACAAACCCACCCACACACAGACAGCACGGAGACGGAGCUGGAGGCCGACCCGCUAGAAGACAUGCUGGAGAACGGACCUAAAGAGUCCACGCCGGUCAUUGCUGCUCCUUCCAUGUGGACGAGACCCCAAAUAAAAGACUUCAAAGAGAAGAUCCGGCAGGACGCAGACUCGGUCAUCACGGUGGGGAGAGGAGAGGUGGUCACGGUCCGGGUGCCCACACAUGAGGAGGGCUCCUACCUCUUCUGGGAGUUUGCCACGGAUAACUUUGACAUUGGUUUUGGGGUUUACUUUGAAUGGACAGACUCCCCAAACACUGCUGUGAGCGUGCACGUCAGCGAGUCCAGCGAGGAUGAGGAGGAGGACGAAGAGAACCCCAACAACGAAGAGAAAGCCAAAAAGAACGCCAACAAGCCUCAGCUGGACGAGAUCGUGCCGGUCUACAGGCGGGAUUGCCACGAGGAGGUGUACGCCGGCAGCCACCAGUACCCCGGCCGGGGGGUCUACCUGCUCAAAUUUGACAACUCUUACUCCUUGUGGCGUUCAAAAUCCGUGUACUACAGAGUGUACUAUACUAGAUAAAGGAGAG